GCUCUUCCCACCCGCGCCUCCUCCUGCUGUCAUUCAUCCCCCAUGUGACUGCCGGGCCGCGGGGCUGCCCACGCGCGCCACUGCCUGGGCUCCUCCGGCCGCUGCUCCUUCGCUCCGCGGCCGGCGAGACGCGCCGCCAGCCUGAGGAGGGGCCGGGCUCGGGGCGGGAGCCUAGGCCGGUUAGUGUCUCGGGGAGCUGCGCUGAUCGGCCCGGCCUGGGAAGAGUCCGUGGCUGCUGCGGCGCCCCGGAGAAGAGAGCCCGCGAGGGCUCCCCCAGUAGGUGUGAUGCCACCUAAAGGGCGUGGAAAAAGCAAGCUCCCUGUUCCCCUUCCCAAAGGAAUGAUAAUGAAAGACACUGAAGGAAAGGAGUGGAGGUUGGGCAAUAUAAUUGGCCAGGGAGGAUUUGGAUUGAUCUAUUUAGCUUCCUCUCACGUUCAUAUUCCUGUAGAAGAUGAUGCUGUGCAUGUAAUUAAAGUGGAAUAUCGUGAAAAUGGGCCUUUGUUUUCUGAAUUAAAGUUUUACCAGAGAGCUGCAAAACAAGAGCACAUCAAAACGUGGAUGAAGCUCAGACAAAUAGGAUUUUUAGGAAUUCCGGUGUUCUGGGGAACAGGCUCGGCUGAAUACAAUGGAAAAAGUUAUAGAUUCAUGGUCAUGGAAAGAUUAGGGGUAGACCUGCAAAGAAUCUUGGACAAUGAUGGACACCGGUUUAAAAAAGAAACAGUUCUGCAACUUGGGGCCCGAGUGUUGGAUGCCUUGGAAUAUAUGCAUGAAAAUGAGUAUGUUCAUGGUGACAUUAAAGCAGCAAAUCUACUUCUGGGCUACACAAAUCCACAUGAGGUUUAUCUUGCAGAUUAUGGACUUUCCUACAGAUAUUGUCCCAAUGGGAACCACAAACAGUAUAAGGAAAAUCCUAAAAAGGGCCAUAAUGGAACAAUAGAGUUUACCAGCUUAGAUGCCCACAAGGGAGUAGCCCCAUCCAGAAGAGGUGACCUUGAAAUCCUUGGCUACUGCAUGCUACAGUGGUUAUGUGGGAAACUACCCUGGGAACAGAACCUGAAGGACCCUGUAUCUGUCCAGACUGCUAAAAUAAAACUGAUGGACGAGCUCCCAGAUUCAGUGAUGAAGUGGGGUCUGGCUGGAAGCAGUUGCUGUGAAAUAGCUAAGUUUUUGGCAUGUGUUUAUGGUUUAACUUAUGAGGAAAAGCCAAAGUAUCAAGUGCUAAAGAAAAUCCUGGUGGAUGGACUCAAAUCAAGUGGAACUUUUUACGAUGGCCCUCUGGAAUUUUCCACUGCUGGGUGUGCACUAAAUCUGUGUGCUUCUAAAGAUCUGAAAGAAAACACCGUAAGACAACUACACAGGCACUAUCCCCAAACAGUUUUCUGGGAAGUUAAAAAGAACCACCACCAAAACAGCAUUACAUAUUCUCCAGUAUCUUUGCAAGAACCCAAUAGAAAUUUUACUUGUCCUUCUGUAUCCAAUAUUUUUAAGCUUGCAUUUACUGAAGAGAGGUACCGAUACACCAUGACCAUACUUGUACUUCUGAUAUUAAUAUUCCUUGUGUUGUAUUUUCUUUGAUGUCACCAUUUAAAAUGUCUUGAG